GGAACAAAUUUCAUCGCAUCGCAUCACUAUCUCUCUCUCCGACGUGCGAGUAGGAGGCGAAGUUUUCGCGAGUUUCAGAACUGCCAUCCGAAAUCGGUGAAACCGUACCAGAAUAUGGCAUCGUUGGUGAAUAGUGUUCGCAGCCUGGCCUGCCGCAAUACUUCCCUGUUGCGUUGCGUACUGCUCCGAUCGGUGUCCUCCGUUGCGGUCGUCCGGCGGGAUCGGUGUAAUGAGAAGUUUUUGACAGCCCCGGCCUCGGCGCUGCUCUCCCCCAUUGAGCCGAAACAAAAUGGUCGAUGGCAACUAGAGAUAGUCAGAAAUUACAGUGCUAAGGAACCGCUAACACUGCAACUGAUCAAAGAGCGUGUCCUGCUGGUGCUGAAGCUGUACGACAAAGUCAAUCCCGAAAAGCUCACACUGGAAUCGCACUUCAUCAACGAUCUCGGGCUCGAUUCGUUGGAUCACGUCGAGGUGAUAAUGGCCAUGGAAGACGAAUUCGGCUUUGAAAUUCCCGAUGGAGAUGCAGAAAAGCUUUUCAGACCUGCAGACAUUGUUCAGUAUAUCGCUGACAAGGAAGAUAUUUAUGAAUAAGGUUUUCAUAAGCAGGACACAAAUGUAAAAAAACUGUUUCUGUCAGAUGCUGUAGAUUCUAGUGUGGGAAAUUGAUGAUGAAUGUUUUAAACAGAUACAAUUCAUGGUCACCAAUGUCGUCGGCAUGCUGUAAGCUUG